GGCGGGGCGGGAAUCUGCCUUGGGUGGUCCCAGGCGCGACCCUGUUAGUGCAGGACACCCCACACGGUGUGGAUCCCUCACCCGAUGCUAAGCCCAGAGCCGUGGGGACGAAGUGUCCUCCUCCGGGGGCUUCGAACAGUUUCCGUCUCUGCUCCGAAGUGGGCGACUGAGAGGAGUGUGCUCCACCCUGGUGUGAAACCGAGCCCAGGACUUCGUGGCUCUUGUCUGUAGUGUCCACAGUGAUCCGCACCGUAUUGUGGUUUUAGACAAUGGCGAAGUUCAUGACUCCUGUGAUCCAGGACAACCCUUCCGGCUGGGGCCCCUGUGCAGUUCCUGAACAGUUUCGGGAUAUGCCCUACCAGCCUUUCAGCAAAGGAGAUCGGCUGGGGAAGGUUGCAGACUGGACGGGGGCCACGUACCAAGACAAGAGGUACACAAACAAGUACUCCUCUCAGUUUGGUGGGGGAAGUCAGUAUGCAUAUUUCCAUGAGGAGGAUGAGACGAGCUUCCAGCUAGUGGACACGGCGCGCACACAGAAGACUGCCUACCAGCGGAACCGGAUGAGAUUCGCACAGCGGAACCUCCGUAGAGACAAAGAUCGCCGGAACAUGGUGCAGUUCAACCUACAGACCCUGCCCAAGAGUGCCAAGCAGAAAGAGAGAGAACGAAUUCGCUUGCAGAAAAAAUUCCAGAAGCAAUUUGGAGUGAGACAGAAAUGGGACCAGAAGUCACAGAAACCCCGAGACUCUUCAGUUGAAGUUCGCAGUGACUGGGAGGUGAAGGAGGAGAUGGAUUUUCCUCAACUGAUGAAAAUGCGCUACUUGGAAGUGUCGGAGCCUCAAGACAUCGAGUGCUGUGGCGCACUGGAGUACUAUGACAAAGCCUUUGACCGCAUCACCACGCGGAGCGAGAAGCCUCUGCGGAGCAUCAAGCGCAUCUUCCACACCGUUACCACCACAGACGACCCUGUCAUCCGGAAGCUGGCAAAAACGCAGGGCAAUGUGUUUGCCACUGAUGCCAUCCUAGCCACACUGAUGAGCUGCACACGCUCUGUGUACUCCUGGGACAUUGUAGUGCAGAGAGUCGGGUCUAAACUCUUCUUUGACAAGAGGGACAACUCUGACUUCGACCUCCUGACUGUGAGUGAGACAGCCAAUGAGCCCCCUCAAGAUGAAGGCAAUUCCUUCAACUCACCCCGCAACCUGGCCAUGGAGGCCACCUACAUCAACCACAACUUCUCCCAGCAGUGCCUGAGAAUGGGGAGAGAAAGAUAUAAUUUCCCCAACCCAAACCCAUUUGUGGAGGAUGACAUGGAUAAGAAUGAGAUCGCCUCUGUUGCUUACCGUUACCGCAGGUGGAAACUUGGAGAUGACAUUGACCUUAUCGUCCGCUGUGAACAUGAUGGCGUCAUGACUGGAGCCACUGGGGAAGUGUCCUUCAUCAACAUCAAAACACUCAAUGAGUGGGACUCCAGGCAUUGUAAUGGCGUUGACUGGAGACAGAAGUUAGACUCUCAGCGUGGGGCUGUCAUCGCCACUGAGCUGAAGAACAACAGCUACAAGUUAGCGCGGUGGACCUGCUGUGCUUUGCUAGCCGGAUCUGAGUACUUGAAGCUCGGAUAUGUGUCCCGGUACCACGUAAAGGACUCCUCACGCCAUGUCAUCCUGGGCACCCAGCAGUUUAAGCCCAAUGAGUUUGCCAGCCAGAUCAACCUGAGUGUAGAGAAUGCCUGGGGCAUCCUACGCUGUGUCAUUGACAUCUGCAUGAAGCUGGAGGAGGGCAAGUACCUCAUCCUCAAAGAUCCCAACAAGCAAGUCAUCCGCGUCUACAGCUUGCCUGAUGGCACCUUCAGCUCUGAGGAAGACGAAGAGGAUGAGGAAGAAGAGGAGGAGGAAGAGGAAG